AUGGCGACCGGCAAAGACCUCAACCCGUCGUACCUGCGCGAGCGCGGCCGCCACUCGGAUGGGCAGCGGUUCCGCUUUCAGAAUUUCGCGCAGCGCGUGGCGGCGGUGGAUAUUGACGUGCACCACCGCUUGACGGCUGACGACAUGGCUGAGUGGCGUCGCGAGGCUGGCGAGGAGGAGGCCGAGGAGGCCCGCCCCUUCGCCAUGCAGACCCUCGAGCGGUGGGUCGAGCUCAACCAGACAGGGCAGUUCACCGCCUUCCGCACCGAGCUCUCGCCGAUGCUGCUGUCGGUGCCGCUGAUGCUGCACCGGCAGGACGCCAUCUUUGAGGCGCUGCAUCGGCACCUGACGGGCGUGAGUACCGAGGCGCUCCCGCCCAUGCUCGAGCUCGCCACUGCGCUCGCCGUCGACCUUCGCCAGGAGUUCUACCCGCGCUUUGCCCCGCUGCUUGGAGCGCUCGGCCGGCUGCUCGGCUCGAGCGCCGAGGACGUCGCCCGUGUGGAGGCGGUCUUCACCGCCGCCGCCUACCUGCUGAAGUACUUGCUGCGCCAGCUGCUCGCGGACCUGCCCGCCGCGCUCGCCGCCUACGCGCCCCUCCUCUCCCACCCAAAGCAGCACGUCCGCGACUUUGCCGCCGAGUCGUUUUCGUACCUGCUGCGCCGCCUGCCGCGCGCCUCGCUGCCUGCGGCGCUGCCGGCGACGCUGCUGCCGCAGAUCGGCUGUUCGUCCAACCUCGACAGCGGCAUCGCGCUCCUCCUGUUCCACACCGUGCGGGGCCUCAGCCAGCGCUUCCACUCCCGCACGCCCGAGGCGCUCGGCCUGAUGAGCGAGCACACGCGCAGGCAGCACUGCGGGCCCGUGUGGAGCGCGCUGCUCUGCAGCCUCGACGAGGCGGAGGUGUCCGAGCUGAUCGCCGCAGUGCUGCUCGUCGACACGCCGGCCACCGACGCCGCGGUCGCCGCCGCGAGUGUGAUGGCCGCGUCGGAGGAGCCGGGCGCAGGCGUGCUCCGGCAGGCGGAGGCGCUGCUCCACGCUCUGUUUGGCGACGCGCUCUCGUCAGGCGGCGCCGGCGCCGACGACGACGCAGCCGAGCUGCUGCCGCUGCGGUUCGGGCUCCGGUUGGCGGGGUGGCGCCGCUUUGGCGAGGCGCCUCCGCCUCCGCCGGUGCAGCUGCCAGCGGAGUGCGCCGCGCUGCUGAUCGACGCGCUCGAGGCGCCGGCGCGGCCGUCUGCGCCGGUGAGCACGGGGCGCGAGGCGUGGGAGGCGGCCUCAGCGCUGGCGUGCUGGCACGAGAUGGCCGCCGUCGCAGCCGCGGCGCUCAACGCACUCGUCGCCAGCACGCCCUCGCCCUCGGCGCCAACCUCCCGCCAGCUCGUGCUCGACGCCGAGGCGCUCACGCGCCUGGCUACGAGCGGCGGCGCGAUGCCGCCCCACGCGACGCGAGCCCUCGCCUACUACUCGCUCGGCGUGCUCCGCAUUCGGUUCGCGCGCGCUUGGGCGCACGCGCCGCCGCUGCUGCAGGCGAUCGCUCGCUCGCAGCCCACGACGCUGUGGCCGCUAGUCGUGGACGCCUCGGCUUGGGCCGAGGUCACCUCACCGCCGGCCGUCGAGACGGAGGUGUCGCACCUCGCGACCCAGCUGCUCAAGACGCUCGCAGCCUCGGGCCCGCUGCACGGCCUCGCGGUCCGCCACGCCGGCGACCUCAUGCCGCACUGGCACGAGCUCGCGCGCGACCAGCUCCGCCUCGCGGCCGUCGACGUCCCCGCCGACUCUGAUGCGAUCCCGGACGCCGACGCGGACGCAGAGGCGGACGCAGAGGCGGCCGCUAGCUCGACCUCGCGCCGGGCCGCCUCGGGCGGCAAGAAGCUGCUCGCGGAGUGGCUCCGCUUCUUCGCCGCGGUCGAGGCGCCGCGGCGGCUCCCGUCGGCCGACGCGUUGUACGGCGAGGCGAGCGCGCUGGUGGGCCACCCGCUGCCGGCGGUGCAGACGCUCGCGCUCGACGUGCUCGCGCGGUGGGGGCAGCCGCCGCUGCUCAAGUACCGCAAGCAGCUUGGCGGGCUGGUCGACGGGAAGACCUUCCGCGAGACGCUUGCGCUCUUCGACGUCGACGCGCAGGGCUCGACCCUGGCCGCCGACGAGCGGUCUCUGCUGCUGCCGCUUCUCUGCCGGCUGCUCUUUGCGCGGCUCACGCGGCGCGUCGGCCGCGGCUCCUCCAAGUCGGGGAUGGCCUCCACCCGCGCGACCGCGGCGCUCGAGGCGCACACGCUGCUGCUCGAGGCGGCCUUGCCGCGCGCGUUCGCCUGCGUGGCCCCACUGCACGCGCGGCUGCAGCGCAAGUUUGGCGGCGACCCAAGCAAAGCGCUCGCGGCGGCGGGCACCGGCGACCAGGCGACGCGCGAGCUCCGGCUGCUGUCGGCGCUGGUCGGGUACGUGGCGUCGUCGGAGCAGGCCGAGCAGCUCGUGCAGCUCUUCCUGCCGUACCUCCGCCUCAAGUCGUCGGGCCGCGCCGAGCGCGUCAAGGAGCACGUUCUGCGGGUGUUGCGCGGCCUCCUCCGGCUCGUCCCUCAGCCGCACGCGCACACCCGCUUCCUCGGGCUGCUCUUCGGCGCGCUCCGCUCGCGCGGCGCGCGGGAGGCGCUCUGCGGCGUCUGGGCAACCCUCGCGGAGCUCGAGGACGGCUCCGACGCGCCAGCGCCAGCGCCGUUCCCUCGGGCGGAGGCUGCGCGGCCUCGCCGUGGCGGGAAGACGGCGGCGGACAAGGCUGCAGAGCCGGCGGCCGCCCCUCGGCCGUCGCUUCGCGGGGUCCGGCCAACGGCGCUGGCGCUGCAGCAGCUCAACGCCUUUGCGCCCGGCGCGAUCGACGAGCCCGACUACGACGCGCGCAUCGACGCGUACUCCUCGAUCCCGCCGCUGCUCGAGUCGGGCCUGUCGACGGCAUGCGCCCUGCCGCUCCUCUGCCAGUGCGUGCACGACGUCGAGCUCGACGACAUCGCGCUGCGCCACUCCGCGACGCACACCGUCGGCAUCAUCGUGCAGCAUGCCGCGGCGGCGGCGGGGAGGGAACGCGCGGCCGCCGGGGAGGAUGGCGGCGGCACGGGCCAGUCGCACUGGCACGCGCUGCUGCAGCAGGUGCUGAUGCCGGCGCUGCGCCGCGGGCUGCGGCUGCCGCCCGAGAAGGAGCUGGUGCGCGCCGAGAUGAUCCGGCUGAUCUCGGUCGCGCUCUCGCACGAGCCUUCCCUCGAGCCGCAGCUGGCCGCGCUGCUCUCGCCGGGCGACCUCGAGGCUGACUUCUUCCAAAACAUCACCCACGUGCAGCUGCCGCGGCGGCAGCGCGCCAUCGCGCGGCUCAAGAAGAAGAUCGAGGGGGGCGCCUUUGGGCCGACGACGCUCGCCAGCUACCUGCUGCCGCUCCUCUCCCACAUCGCGCUCAAGCCCUCUGCCAAGGAGGUGGACGUCGCCGAGGAGGCCGUCGCAGCUCUCCGCUCGCUCGCGGCGCAGCUGCCGUGGCGGCCGUACCACGAGCUCCUCCUCUCCCUCUCCCGCCGCCUCCGGCUGGACCCGUCGCUCGAGCGGCGGCUCGUGCGCGCGCUCGUCGCCGUCAUCGACGGCUUUCACUUCGACCUCGCGCCCGCCGACGACGAGUACGGCGCGCCGUCGGCCGACCGCGGCGCGUGCCGCCUCACCGACGAAGAGAUAGGGCGCAUCUUCGCGGCGCGGGUGCAGGCGCGGCAGGCGCGCGACUACGAGGCGGCCGACCGGCUGCGAGAGGAGCUGGUUGCAAAGGGGAUCGUCUCCGUCGACGACAAGGGCAACAGCUGGCAGGCGGCCGACGGCCGGCGGGGCUCGAUGGACCCGUUCAGCGUGGACGAGGCGUCGAGGGAGACUGGCCGCCUCGCUGCCGCGGCGGCGGCGGUGCAGGGCAAGCUGCUUCCGCAGCUGUACAACCACAUCAAGGACCCAAAGACGGAGGGCGCUCGGGUCUCGGUCGCGCUCGCCGUGCUGAAGCUGCUCAAGCUGAUGCCGCCCCGGGUGCUGAAGCUGCAGCUGCGCGGCUUUCUGAUGCGGCUCGUCGCCACGCUCUCCUCGCGCGAGAAGAGCGUGCGCCAGAAGGGGCGCGAGGCCCUCGCCAUGGUUGCGGUUGAGCUGGGCGCCGAGCACUUUGGCGCCAUCGCGUACGAGCUGCAGUCGAGCCUGCGGCGCGGCUUCCAGCUGCAGGUGCUCGGGCACGCGCUGCACUUCCUGCUCGCCAAGCUCGUGCCGACGGUGGCGGUCGGCUCGCUCGACAGCUGCGCGCCGCUCCUCGUCCGGCUCAUCCUCGCCGACGUCUUUGGCGAGGCGGCCGAGAAGAAGGAGGUGGACGCGAUUGCAAACUCGAUGCGCGAGGCACACUCGACGAUGUCCUUCGCCUCGAUGGAGCUCCUCGCGUCCGUCAUCACCUUUGUCCCCACCGUCAACGAGCUGGUGCCGCACAUCCACCGCGCGGCGGUCGACGCCGGCGGCGCCACCACCCUCAAGCACGCCAACAACGCGCGCGAGCUCCUCCGCCGCUGCGUGAUCGGCCUCUCCGCCAACCCGUCCGUCGGGCUGCAGCCGCUCACCGUGGAGGAGGGGGUGACGUCGGGCAGCGGGGGCGGCGGCCCGCUCGCGCACGAGCUGCUCGGCUUCAGCCUCUCGCUGCUGCUGUCGGCGCUGCGGCGCGGCCGCUUCGAGUCGCGCGAGCCCGAGGCGCUGGCGCUGCUCGAGCCCUUCCUGCCGCUGCUCGUCCGGGCGAUGCGCUCCGACGACGACGCCGUCGUCUCCACCGCGCUGCGGGUCCUCUCGUCGAUGCUCGGGCUGCCGCUGCGCGCGCUGCCCGCGCACGCGAUGGUGCUCCUCGACCGGACGAUGGGCCUGCUCCGCAAGUCCGCCAACUUCACGCCGCUCUCGGACCUCGUCGGCGUCUGCCUCAAGGUGCACCUCGACGACGGAGGGUUGCAGCCGUCGCUCUUCGGCCUGCUGCGCGUCGUGCUCGGCCGCCGCUUUGUGCUGCCCGAGCUGUACGACAUGAUGCUCGUCGUGGGCGACAUGGUGCUGCAGGCGGACGCCGAGCCCGUGCGCAGCGCGUGCGGCUCGCUCUUCCUCACCUUCCUCCUCAACUACCCGCUCGGCCCGAAGCGGCUGCAGCAGAACCUCGACUUCCUCGUCUCAAACCUGGGGUACGAGGUGCCGUCCGGCCGCGCGUCGCUCCUCGCGCUCGUGCGGCAGGUCGUCCUCAAGCUGCCGCCACCGCUGCUGCACGAGCAGGCCGACCGGCUCCUCCUCCCGCUCGUCGCGCGCCUCGUCAACGAGACGGACCGGAGCUGUGUCGCCGCCGUCGGCGAGGCCGUGCGAGCGCUCCUCGGGCGCGUGUGCGCGCAGUCGGGCGGCGCCAAGGCGGCGGGCGCGCGCGAGCGGGCGGCCUACUUCUCGCUGCGCGCGCUGUGCAAGCUCGGCGCGCGCUCGCCGGCGCUGCUCGCCAGCGCGCCGUGCGCGCCGCUCUGGGCGCACCCGACGGCGCGCCGGCUGCUGCUGCACGAGCACGCCUGGGUGAGGCACGCGAUGGGGCGCGCCGUCGGCGCGCUGCUCGCGCUGCUCACUGCCGAGCAGCUGGUUUCCGAGCCGCUCGCGCCGCACGGCUGCUUGGGCGGCGACGGAGGCGGGCUCGUCCGCAUCGCCGACGCCAUCGCCGAGCAGCUGCACUCUUCGCUCCUCAACGAGGCCGCGGCGCAGCAGGCGCUGCGCUCGCUCCUCUGGAUCGGGCUCGCGACGCGGAAGGAGCCCAUGCGGCUUGCGCCGCUCAUGCGCAAGCCCGGCGAGGUGCGCGGCUCUGCCGCGGCGCGGUGGUACGGCGCACUCGCUUCGGAGCUCUCGCAGCCGCAGCUGGACGCGCUGCUGCCGGUCAUCGUGCCGCCGGUGGCGCGCGCAGCGGACGACGCGUCGGGCCACGUGCACGCGGCGGUCAAGGCGCGCGCGGCCGAGGUGCUCGCGCUGCUACAGCGCGCGGCAAGCCCGCCCGCUUUUGUCGCCGUCUACCAGCGCGUGCAGGACGCGACGCGCGACGCGCGGCGCGAGCGCAAGCGCAAGGCGGCGCUGGCGGCGGUCGCCGACCCAGAGGCGACGGCGCGGCUGCGCAUCGCCAAGAACCUGUCCAAGAAGCGGCAAAAGGCGCGCAAGCUGAGCACGAUGAAGCGGCAGCGCGAUGGGGGCGGCUCGCUCGGGCUGGGUACGGGGAAGAAGAGGAGGCAGACCGAGGCGAGGCGUUGA